CUCAUGCCGGGGUUUUCAGUGGAGCUGCAGAUUGUUUUUUCUCCCUUUCUUGGACUAAAAGUUUUCCACCAGUUACUUCUGGUACUACCAGAAUCAUGUCAUUUCAGUUCUGUGGAAAGAAAAGCAAACUGGAUAUUCUUACCCUCAAAGGACAUAAGAAAAAUGACUUGAAAAUAAAAAGUAACAAGUAAUUGCAUCUUUAUUUCAUUUCACUUGGGUCCAUGUGCCCAGGUUGAGAUUCAGAUGGAUUCCUACAACUUCCAAUUUGAGAGAAUGAGCAACCUUGACCUGCAUCCUCUUAGUCUUCCUGUAAGUCGACUUUCCCCUGCAAAGUCCACAAGUAGCAUAGACCAAUAUACCCACCACCACAGCAAAGGGGACUCUGCUUACAGCUCUUUUUCUGGGGGCUCUAGUGCCCAUGACUACUCUUCACCAUUUCUAUCAGACGAUUUCCACCCACAUAACCUGCAAUAUACAGACCUCAAGUACGUGAAGGCUGUGUACAGUCCCAGAAUCCUGGAGUCAGAUCCGAAGAGCAUGGACCAGCUAUAUCACUCAAUGGAGGCUCUUGCACAGCAAGAUCAUCAUCCGAGCAAAAAUGUAAGCCCUCAUGUUAAAGACCCUCUGGUUCCUGACACAGCUCUACCAACACCUCCACCACCCCCUGCCCCCCUCAACAGUUUUGUUGAGAACCUCGAGAUCUCACAAGCACACCAGAGUCCCGAGGGUCAUCUUGGUGACAUUUCCUCUUCCAGGCCACAGACGGCUAAUUCUGAAGUCCUCGUUUCCAGGUCUGACCCUGUCUGUGGAUGGAGAUUUUCAGAACAUUACCCGAAGGAUCAGCUGAAGCUAGACGCCGAGUCAAAGUCAGCAGCUGUAUUAAGCCGAUUGACCUGGCAGACAAGUGAGCGCUUACAACACACCAAGGGUAGCCAGUCAGAAGUUCAGCAGAAGAGGUCACUUCCAGCUUAUGGAGUUCCAGUAAACGAACAGCAGAGCAUGGUCAACCCCUGGCACAUGGCACAAAAUAUGAUCAGUGGAAGUAUUCAACACAAAGGGCAGUUCUAUUUUGUCACUGGUGUGUACAAAUCUUCUGAGUCCAGUGUCCCACAGCCACAAUGUGUGGUAGACACUUGCAGUACAGAACCUCACAGGCAGGCUGAGAGGCAGAGGUCUCAUAGCACUAUAGAAAACAUGUUUAUGAAUGUCCCACUGAGAAAACCGAGCAGCCCUGAUGGCCCCAAAGGGAAACUGUUUUUUCAAGAGAAUAAACAGUCAAGUGCACCAAAGGAAUAUGAGGAGCCUGCCAAGAACCAUGUUUUUAAUCAUUUUUGUAAAAUAGACAAAGCUUCUCAAGGUGCAAAUGUGUUAGAAGAUAGCCAGAAGAUCAUGAGCAUGGACACAGGCAGACAUCACACCACCAAUCACCCUAUCUUCUACUGUGGCCCAGAGACGAGCUUCUCAACAUCUGACACUUCUCAAAAUAAGACCCCUGAAACAGACCAGAGCAUUCAUACAAAAGAGGAUGAAUAUAUAAACAGACUGACAAGACAGCCCUUAGUAGAUGUGCCUUCUGAGAAGAUAAGCAAAGAGACCACACCUCUCCUGUAUCAUCUCACUGGAGCUAACCAGGCCUCCUUUAUGAACAAAGCCAAAAAUGAGAAAAGCGAUAGUUGGGGGUGCAAGGAUCCUGACUGGAGUAAAACUAAGCCAAAUGCAGGAAAGCAGUCACUUUGUUCUAGUGGUGACACAACGCACAGUGAAAUAUGUAAAGAGGAGACAGUAAAGGAUUUCUCCUACCUAUGUAAUACACUGGAUGAUUCCUUCAAAAAAUAUUAUAAAGAAAAGCUGAAGGAUGCACAGAGCAAAGUUUUGAGAGAGACAUCGUUCAAAAGAAAAGAUCUGCAGCUCUCUUGGCCGUACAGAAUAGAGCAGAGGUCUGACAAGAAGCUGUCUGUUGUACCUUCUGGCUUGCCACAAGACAUGCAUUCCAAGCCUGAAUGCCCCAUCCAACCCCACCUGCCCAAGUUUCAACAAACAGAAAAGGAGUUUAUGAAGACUCGUAGUCAAGACAUAGACAAAGGGGUUGAGAAAGAGCAGAAUACUGCACAGCCACAGGUGCCCCGAGUUGGCCAUAGGAAGCGACUGACACUGGAACAGAAGAAGCUGUCUCGCUCUGAGCCAGAGAAACUGCACCAGCUGGCAGAUGAACCUACUCAUAUAACCUGUCGCUCCCUUGGCAGUGAGAAUGAAGGACUGCUCUCAGAAGACAGCCAAGGAGAGCACGGUCUAGUUGCCACCAGACGAAAUGUGUUUGAGACAAGGGGGCGUGCCCUGUCAGCCUCCAACCUCUCAAAAAGCACACUUAAGGAUCUUCAGCACAAGGCCUUAGUGGCAUAUAUGGAACGCAAAACUGGCCAAAAAGUAGUGGAGCGCCAACAGCCAGCUCCACAGGUGCCCAGCCAGAGGCACUCAUCUGGAGGGAGGGAGACUGACUGGAGCCCCAGACCUAAUUCAGCCAAUUCCGGUUGCAGAAAGAAACUACUCAGGCCACUCUCUGCAGGUCGUAUUCUAGAUGCAUGCCCCGUAUAUGCCCAGUUCACCUCUGCCCAAACCAGUGGUCAGUCACGGCAGUCCAGCCGGAAAGAGGAGCCACCGCCACCAUCAGGGAAAUCUGCCUCAGUGGAGAUCCUCCUGGAUGAGACAGAAAUUCUUGGAUCUUACCGAGCUCGUAGCACGUCAACUCCCCAUGCCUUCAGCCAGAUCCGUAGACAUUUUCGUUCUUCAUCUAUGCACAACAAAGACAUCUCAAGUUGUUUAUUUAGUGCUCAGCAUAAAGAGGACGAUUUUAAGCACCAUGCAGCAUCAGUUCCAGAUCAGCGGCCAGCAAGAGUGAUGGCUUCUAGAGGGAAAUCAUUGGAGGAACUUGGAGUGUCAAAGGUCGCCAGGCCUAGAGUUCUGAGCAAGAGCUCUGAACAACUACAUCAACCCCAGGAGAAGCCUGUAGCCUCUGAUAGAGAGAGUAGAUAUUUGCCAUUUUUGGCUGAGACACAGGAACACACCCAAAGAAAACUUAGGCAAGAGCAUGCACCUCUAAUUGGCUGUGAGAAGAAUAUCCAGGCCAUUCCUGAUCAGCAUUGCUCUAAGGAGCCUAGCUCAUUAGAUCACCCAUCCACCACCGGAGAAGGCAUUACCUCCUCUGCCGCUGUUAGUUGUCUUCCCAGUUGUGAUGAUAAACCACCAGUGAGUCAUGGUAAAGAAGACAGACUCACAUCUACAGCCAGUUCCCUCAGAGGAUCCAGUCUGGGUGUCAGCAAAAUGAAGGCAGUUCCUCAAGAGCAAUCCUCAACAAAGCUUGAAAUGCCCCCUGGAGACCUGAGUGAGGUACAGCGAUGUAACUUUGGUCAUGAAGUAUGUUUAACCAUUGGUAUCACAACAGAUCCCAAUCUAUGGGGUGACAAAGGAGAUGAGUGCACACCUUCUCAAAAUGUAACCACUGGUCAUCUUCAGAAUACACGGCCUACUCCAUGUGAUGAGAUGGAAACAGCUCCUAACCUUAUAGACUUUGAUCUUGACUCUGUCUCUACACAUGAUGGAAAUCAAGAAAAAAAGGAAACAGGGGAGAACUGUGGAUCUCUGGAGGCUAAGAAACCAGUAGGGGCUUGUUCUAAGGGCCAGCAUCAGUGGGAGAUACUGAUUCAGGAUGUGGUCUCAGCAGACCAAUCGCUAGCCCGCAUUUUAUAUCCCAUAACCAAUCGGAAGACAGCGCUCAUGCUAAUGGAGCAGUUGUUAUCUGAGGACACCCUACUGAUGGAAGAACACUAUAAAAAAAAGCAGGAGCAGAAAGUUAACAUGGCAGAGCAAACUAAUGGCAGCCCUGAGAUGACAAACUCUGAUAAAGUUAACAACCCUUCAGUACCAGCUGAUGACAGCGUUUCCCUGACAGCUCAGCAACACACACAGUGCAAUACAGGAGUUGAUAUCACAGAGAAGAAGAGGCAGCUCGUGGCCCAUUUGCAGGAGCAGCUGACUUCUGUGGAGGGCUUGCGCUCUGCCCUGCAGGAGGAGGAGCAGGAGAACGGGGUGCGGGGCGACUCCACGGAGGCCCUGGUGCGAUCGCGCUGCCUGCCGGCCGAGCUGGAGCGCUACACGCUGUUCAUCGGGGACCUAGAGCGUGUGAUCAACCUUCUGCUGUGCCUGUCAGCCCGCCUGGCCCGGGUGCAGAACACCCUCAGCACCGUGGACGAGAACACGGACGCGGAGGAGAAGCAAUCGUUGGCCAACCGGCACCAGCUCCUGUGCAAACAGAGGGAGGACGCCAAGGACCUGAAGGACAACCUGGACCGGCGCGAGCGCGUGGUCUCCGGCUUCCUCGCUAAGCAGCUGUCAGACAGCCAGCUGCAGGAGUACCGCCGCUUUGUUCAGACCAAGGCUUCACUGCUCAUCCGCCACAAGGAGCUGGACGAGAAGCAAAGACUGGCCGAGGAACAGCUGGAGGCCCUGCUCAACAGCAUCUCCCCAUGAGAAUACAUCCACCAUGCCUCCACACCCUCCACACCCUCCACAGACUAACAUCUUCCACCUUGCACCUUGCAUGGCAGACAUGCUGACUUAGUACACCUGCAAAAUUAUUCAAUGAUUUUGCUUAAAGAGAUUAGCAUUAUUGCAUAGAACUGUCCCAGCCAGGGAUCCACAGCUAUCAGAAGAUCCUCUGCUGCCGAGUCUGGUAAUGACUUCGCCUUAUUGGAAGGCACAGGCUGGGCUGGUUUUGGCAAUUCGAUGGCAAUAAGAGAACUGUCAAAGCUGCUGUGUUUUGCCUUGUAUUGCUGUUUUACCUUGUAGUACAUGUUCUGUAGUUGGAAAUUACUUCAAAUGUUAGCAAGCCAACGUGGUACCUAUAAAGAGCUUUAAGGUGGGGAUGAUGGCUAUAACUGGUGAAAAUGAUGUAGAUAACACAUAAAUUGAACCUCAUUUUUCACUGGUAGUCCAUAAUUUAUUUUUUUAUCUUAAAGCACUCUAAA